CAGUCGUGCUCUCCGAGUUCCUGUCUCCCUCCUCGCGCCGCCCGGAUGGCCUCCCAGAACCGCGACCCAGCUGCCACCAGCGUCGCCGCCGCCUGCAAAGGAGCUGAGCCCAGCAGGGGCGCCGCCCGUGGACCCGUGGGCAAGAGGCUACAGCAGGAGCUGAUGACCCUCAUGAUGUCCGGUGACAAAGGAAUUUCUGCCUUCCCUGAAUCAGACAACCUUUUCAAAUGGGUGGGGACCAUCCAUGGAGCAGCUGGCACAGUGUAUGAAGACCUGCGGUAUAAGCUCUCCUUGGAGUUCCCCAGUGGCUACCCCUACAAUGCGCCCAUGGUGAAAUUCCUCACACCCUGCUACCACCCCAACGUGGACACCCAGGGGAACAUCUGCCUGGACAUCCUGAAGGACAAGUGGUCAGCCCUGUAUGAUAUCAGGACCAUCCUGCUGUCCAUCCAGAGCCUGCUAGGAGAACCAAACAUUGGUAGUCCUUUGAACACACACGCUGCCGAGCUCUGGAAAAACCCCACAGCCUUUAAGAAGUAUCUACAAGAAACCUACUCAAAGCAGGUCUCCAGCCAAGAUUCCUGACUGUCCA